AUGGAUAUAGGAUAUUUUAAGAAUAAAUGGUUAAUUAUAUAGACAUACAGUAUCAUAUUAAAAUAAAAACGGACGUGUACUGAUAUAUUUAUUUAUUGCUCAGUAUAACAAUUAUAUUAAGAAAUAUAAAGACCAGAAUCGCAGAAUGUUAGUAUUGCUUGAUUUUAAAAUAAUAUUGAAUACGGGAAGAUAAAAUUUGUUGUUACCAGAUUCAUCAAUUAAUCAAGAUAGUUUAGAGAGUUUAGAGAGAUAUUACUUAAAAUUUAAUAUCAAUAAAAAUUUGAUAGAUUCCAUGUUUAAAAAUUAUAUAAAGCAAAAGAUUUAAAACACUAGAAAUGAAAUAUAUAAAAAGUUGUUCUUAAUUUUUUUUAUAAUAAAUGAUAGUUUAAUGAAAUGAAUGUUUAUUUUUAUAUUGUUGAAUGUUUAUAUUGUUAAAUAUCAUUAUAUUAUAUUUGCAAAGGAAAAGUAUCUCGUGCGUGAAAUUUUAGAAAUUUAAAUAACCAAAAUAGAGUAACAAAUGGAAAACAAAUUAAAAAAUUAUAAAUUACAAAUCAUACAUUUUAUUAUCCUAUUUAUUAAAAUAUAAAUGUUUAUAACUUGUAGCCUAUAUUUUGUCAAUUCAUUAAUGUUAUCUAUCAAUUUAUGAAUUAAAAAUAAUUAAAAUUAUUCUAACAUUCAUUUAAAAAUUGCACACAUUCUCUUAUUUAUUUAAUUAUGCAAGAUAUUUAUUAUCAAUUUAUAAAUAUCAUUGGGAAUCAUAACAGUAUAAAGUUAAAUUACUUUGUUUUAAAAUUUUUAAAGUAAUAUUGAAGUAUGAAUUAAAUAUUGAAUUAUGAUGUUAGUAAAUUAAUUAUACAAGAUAUUUAUUAUCAAUUUAUAAAUAUCAUUGGGAAUCAUAACAAUAUAAAGUUAAAUUAUUUUGUUUUAAAAUUUUUAAAGUAAUAUUAAAGUAUGAAUUAAAUAUUGAAUUAUAAUGUUAGUAAAUUAAACUAAAUUUAUUUAUUUAUACAAUUAAUUACUAAAUCUAACAGUAAUUGCUAUAGUUAUCCAUAAUUCUACAAUAUUGUUUGAAGAUUAAAUUUAUUAAUUUCUUGAAAAUUUCAUUAUUUACUUUGUAGUAUAUUAAUUAAAUUAAUAUUAUUAAUUAAAUCAUCUGUUUUGCACUAAAUAAGUAAUAAUUCUAUUGAAUUUUCCUUAUUACAAAAGAGAUAGUUGAACGCGUCAUACAAUUAUUGCAUCACAUGCAAAAAUUAUAAUGCAACUCAGUAAGGAAUAAUAUAAAUGAAAAUAAAUAACAAUUAAAAUACAAUGAAAUUAUUUAUUUCAUAAUUUCAAUUAAAUUAGCGCAUGAAACUUUCAUACCUGCUCUGCAAUUCUUUUUAUCGAAUUUUUCAAUAAAUACUUGUUAUUGAAGUGAUAGUUGAACGAUACAUAUAAUUAGUCAUUAUAGUGUGAGAACUGUAAUAAAGUAAUUUAACUGUACUAUAAAAUAUAAGUACUUAACUAUAUUAUAAAGUAAUUUAAAAAUAAAACUAAGUAGUUAUUAAAUUAUUAUAAUAAAAUUAUUUUGUAACAUCUAAAUUUCUUUAUUGCAAUCUUUUUUUCCAUUGAAGUUCCCAGUACUCGUUACAAAAAAGAAAUAAUCAAACUCAUUGUACAACUGUAAACACUAUGUAUAAUGAGAUAAGGUAUCAAAUAAUUCAAAAUAGUAGGUUAAAUUAUUAUAGCAAUAUUAAAAAGCAAAUUAUUACAAUAAAAUUACUCACUUUAUAGCGUCGACUAAAUUUCUUCUUUGCCACUUUUUUCAUCGAAUUUUCCAAUACUUGUUACGCAUCAUACAAUUAAACACAUGCAAACACUAAUGAACAAUUGAAAUAAUAAUAAGUAAAAUUAUUCAUUAAUCAUCACUCGUUUAAAUUACUUAUUGUAUAACAUCGACUAAACUUCAUCUUUGCAACUUUUUUCAUAGAAUUUUCCAAUGCUCAUUACAGAGGAGAACUCGUUAUGCAACACACACGCUCGUAACUUAGACACGUGUAAACGCGGUAAUGCAACAAACGAAUAAUAUAAAUAAUUAACUAACUUUUUGCAGACGAUGUAUACUGACGGUCUCCUGACGCUCCAUUAUGGGAAGCAUCCAGCGACCUUGGCCGCGGAGGUCGGAGCCUGGUACACCGGGGACCGUCACGUGGACGUGACGUUAGCUUGCGACGACGGAUCGGUCGUCAAGGCCCAUCGGGUAGUUUUGGCCGCAGCUAGUCCCCUUUUGGCUAGUCUCCUUCGUAACCCAGCGUUGGACCACGUGGUUCACUUAUCCGGAGUGCGAAAAACCCAGCUCACUCAUCUGCUGGAAUUCCUCUACAAUGGAGAAGCUCUCAUUCCAUCGACGGAACUCACGCCACUAAGGGAACUAUUCGAGCUUCUUCAAAUCAAGUCGGAGCUGUUCGAGCCGAAUCAACCUCAGACUUCUAGUAACUCCGAUCCUGAAAGGAUACCCACCCCUCAGCCCUCCGAGGGCCAGGAAAGUUCUAGCUACGAGUCACAAUACGAUGGCAGGCAGUCGAAUAAUCCGGCGGAUUGUUGCUCGGUACUAAUAAAGACCGAGGGAUGCGAAGAGGAACCGGAAGUAGAUGUGGAAGGCGUCGAAGGUGAAGCACUUCUCACGGAAAAUAGAGAAAGCAGUAUAGAACCGCCUCGACGGAGGGAUAGCUCCGAUCCUGUCAACUUAAGUUUAAAUUCUGGAACUUCCACUACUAGCGAAAGUUCGCACGAUAUUGUACCUAGGCCAGAGAAGCAGUUAUUGGAGAGGCGAGAAUCUCUAGAAGAGGCGGAAGAAAGAAGGAGGCAAUUAGCGGCUCGACUCGCGUUAGGCUUAGAACCGGGUAAACGAAAACCCGAGGAAAUACCUAUCCCACCUGCGGAGGCGUACAUCGUGACACCUCAUCGAAAACGAAGGCCAGGCUUUCACAAUGCACCCGCACAGAAUCCAGCCUUUGUACCGUUUAAUCCUGGAUUCGAGACGCCGAGAAGGUUGCAAGCGCCACAUCCUCUCAGCGUUUCAGCACCUCCGUACCUGCAGGACAGGUCAGUGACACCGCCAGGAGCGUCACACAGACCACCAAGCGCAGAUCCAGCAUCGGCGGCGGGCUUGGAGCCACCUUGGGGCUCCUGGGCUCUGCCACCAGCCAGAGCACCUCCACCUCCGCCAACGGACGACCCGCCAAAGUCUACCCCCGUUCGCGAAUAUCGGUGCAGCUAUUGUGGCAAACAGUUCGGCAUGUCGUGGAACUUGAAAACGCAUCUGAGAGUGCACACGGGUGAAAAGCCGUUCGCGUGUAGACUUUGUGUGGCUAUGUUCAAGCAAAAGGCUCACUUAUUGAAGCACCUUUGCUCGGUACACAGAGGCGUGAUAGCCGCCCCUGACAAUACUUUUACUUGUUGCUUCUGUUCGUUAAGUUUCGAUAGUUUACAAGAAUUGAUCAGGCAUCUGUCCGGGCCGCAUAACAACUUGCUGCUCAGCAAGAACCUACACGACUAG